UUAACAGCAAAUUAAAUCAAUCAAAAUUCAGAUAAUUAAUACAAAUAAUUAAUCUGUUAACAAAUUCAAAACUAAUUAAAUAGAAUCUAUAUUGAUUUAUUUGUUUUUAAAAAAAUCUAUUUAAAGCGACUUAAAAUGUCAAACUACAAUAGUUAGGAAGGUGAUAGAUUUAGGAAGACAGUUUUUUGUUCAAAUAAUCCGAAUAAAGAGCUCAAUCCUCCGAGACAUAUUACAAAGCGUCCGAUGGAUAAAAUACUCCAGCAAUUAAAUUAAAAUGAUAUUUCUUUAUCUAAGUCUAGCAUAUAAAAACCAACUAUUAUGAACGUUAAUCAGUAAACUUAUUGCUACAACAAGGAAAUUAAGUAGCCUGUUAAUGUAGAAAUUAACUCCAAGAAGAUAGUUGGAAAGAAGCUUUACGAAGAUAAAUUAAAAGAAAAUAUUGGUAAAAAUAUCAUAGUAAGUCCUCCUAUAAAUACAGAAUAAUUAAAUGUGCGUAAAGCAUCAGGACAAUAUUAUUAGGGUAAAAACACUUAAAGUUAAAAUGUUCAAUAACAUUAUCCAAAUGCUCCAAGAUAGCUUGAAUGCAAAAAGAAGUAGUUUGAAAGCAAAAAGCUAAACAAAGAGACCAUUACAACUGAAUUAACAGAUUAAAUUAAUCAUCAUGAUAAAUAUAGAUCUCAAUCAAUAUCACAAAGAAGAUAGAUUCCUUAAAAGACAACUAUUUAAGAUUGUUUUAACGAUUUCCCUAACUAAAAUAAGGUGUAAAGUCAAAGAAACUCAUCCUAACAACCCCAAUACAACUCAACUACAACAACAAGAGGCUAACGUUCUACUACCACUCAUGAUUCUUUUAGUGCUGGUGUUUAAUAUAACAAACCUUUUGUACCUUCAAAUUAAUAAAAUCUAGUAAGAAAGACAAAUGCAUACUACAAAUAUGGAACAUCAACAACUACUCAUUCUUCGUUCUACCUUUGA